AUGGGUGGUGGUGGUGAAGGCAUUGGGUUUGGAUAUGGCUCUGGUGGUGGAAGUGGCUAUGGCCAUGGUGGUGGAAUAGGAGUGGGAGUUGGUAUAGGAAUUGGCCUUGGAGGAGGUGGUGGGGGUGGCCAUGGCGGAGGUGGUAGAGGAGGUCAAGGCUCAAGGAGUGGUAGUGGGUAUGGUUCUGAGAGUGGCAGUGGGUCAGGUUAUGGUUCAGGGGGAUCCCCAGGUGGUGGUUCAUAUGGGAGAGGUGGUGGAGGUGGAGGUGGAAGCGGAGGUGGGGGUGGAGGCAAUGGAAGUGGGAGCGGAUCUGGAUAUGGUUCAGGGAGUGGCAAUGGAUCAGGUUAUGGUGCAGGGGGAGCCUCAGGUGGAGGUUCCUAUGGCAAAGGAGGUGGAGGUGGAGGUGGAGGUGUGUCACUUUACCACGCCAUCAAGUGUCAUCCAUAA